CUGAAGUGCUUUCACAGAAGUUUACCACAUUGUGUUUUGUUUUUUCAGGAGCUUGCACCUCUAUGUGAAGGUGUAGAAGGUAGAUCGUCCAAUCCUGUUGCCGUCCUUUUUGAUGCCUUGAGUCAUCCUGAUGCUGAUCUAGGGGGAGAUAAUCAUUCCCUACUCGACUGGCGCUAUGAACCAGAACGUAGAAUAAACCAUAUUGUACUUGGGAAAGAGAAACCAGGUGGCUCUUGGCAGAAAAUGGAUGGUAGUAUGCAGACACUUAGUCUUAGCAGUUGGAUGGAGUUACCUGACAUGCCUUUUAAAGAAUGGCAAAUAAAACAGAAAAGACAAGAGGAGCAAAUUGAGCCAUGUAUGAACCGGGCCACAAUCACUGACAUUUGUAAUUACUAUACUGCAUAUGUCGAAGAAAAAAACUUGAAGAAAAAUUUCCAUGAUAAUUAUACAGUUACGUCAGUAAGGAAAGUGUUCAGAAACAAUAAGGCUGUCGACUGUGAGAGCGGGGAAACUGAACCCUGUUGCCCCAGUAUGAGAAAACAUCCAUACUACUGGGAGGUCAGAGGUUAUCGCUUGGUUAGCUGUUAUCAUGGUGAUGGGGAGACAGAAGUAGAAAGGGAAGAAUUCUGCAUUUCCUGUCUGUCAGUUGUCAUAGCAACCGGAACCUUUGAUGUACCAAACAAACUUGGAGUGGUUGGUGAGAAUUUACCAGUUGUAAGCCACUCGCUACAUGAAUUUGAAUCUGUGAUAAAUAACAAACAACUACAAACAAGUCCAGACCCCGUGCUCAUUGUGGGGGCGGGGCUUAGUGCAGCAGACGCAGUUCUUAUGGCUGUUCAGAACCAAGUGCCUUUAGUGCAUGUAUUCAGAAGAGGUGCAAAUGAUUCCACUCAGAUUCUGAAAAAAUUACCUCAAAACAUGUAUCCCGAAUAUCAUGAAGUCCAUCAGUUAAUGAAAGGCACAAAACACAAUCCAUUCUACAAAUCAAUGCCAAAGCAUGACGUGAUAGAAAUCAAAGAUGAUAUGAAAGUGCUAUUAAAACCAUACAAAGUUCCGUCUGCAGAAAUAACUUCAUUAGACAUUUCUCACACAUCUAUACUGAUUGGUUCCCGGCCAGAUCUCAGCUUUUUACCUGGUGACGGGCGUAGUAUUGGCAUAAUGCCAAAAUAUCCCAUUGAAAGCAAACAUAAUCCAGUAGAUAUUGAUCCAUAUUCAUACCAGUGCAUUCAGGAAGAGGGGCUUUUUGCAAUGGGGCCAUUAGUUGGGGAUAAUUUUGUUCGAUUUGGGUUAGGGGGAGCUUUAGGAAUAACCAGUUAUUUGUCAUGCCGCAAUAAAUAACUGCACCUAAAUAUUUGUUGAAGUAUCCAGUGUCUGUGAUUUUUAUGUUUUGUUUCUUUUGGUUAUAUUUUUGUACAUGUCAGCUAAAGGCUGAUGAAACAUAUACAGUUGAGUAUGGCA